AAAAUACUCCAAUAUCUUUCCAUGCAAAAUAUUAGCUGAAAUAAUGGCGGGAAUGAUUCGCACUCUGCCCAGCUCAACCCUCGUCGAUGUCAUGACCGAGUGGCUUCGUGUACACUACGGAAAUGAAUGAGAGGCCUUGACCGUUGUUAUUUACAGGGUUAGUUAACUCGAAGACAAUUUCUGACAAAGAACUUAAACGAGUCGACAAUGUAGUCUUCGAAAAUCAAUUAAUUUUCUCAAUAUCCAGCUGAAACAUUCGCACAAGUAGCUGUGACACUAAUCUACUCACUAUACCAUUACAUUCGAUGAAGAAAUUCUCAGCCCCGACUCUUUCAUGAGCAAACUAACGUGAAGCAAACCUGUCGGAGAUAACGUGUCAAAAUAUCACUAUAAUCUGACCUCUUAACAGUCGGACGAUGGGGAAAGUUCUAUAUGUACAGAAUAGCAAAAUAUCGCAGAAUGGGGGGAACGAACGAAGGAGUUCUGUUGGGACGGGAAGCGGAGUUUGUCGUUUCUCCUUUUCCAGGGGCAGUGCUGUAGCGAAGAGAACUCCACCCAGUAUCCAGUUUAACGAAGUCUUAGCCCACUCUGGACGUUCCAGUUUGCGUGUGGUUUUAUGGGGCUCUGCGUCGAAGCCUGCCUUUUUUCAACGAAACUAAGAUUUUUUGUUUGGUCAUGGAAUGGGAAGACGGGACGGAACAACUGCGCUUUAUCUCUAUGUCUUUACAGAUCAGUAAAUGCUUUUAGUUUAUUUAUUCAUUUUCUUUUAUUUGAUUUCUUUCUUCUAUUACGGCAUAGUAUUGUUUACUGAAUGACUUUUAUGAGUCUUUUAGCUGUUUAAUUGGUCACGAACACAGACGUUUGUAGUUGUUACUUCAAACCAUUUUGACAUUUUAGAAAGAGGUGACUUCUUCCGAGCCGUUCCGAUACUUGGAAAAUUCUAGUGCUACAGCCCUAAUUCUAUGAGUUCAGUGCUCGUAAAACGGGCUGCGUGGAUAUGAAUGUUUUUUUUAUAACUGCUGCAACAUGUAUGAACCACCAUCAAGCUCCGAAGACUCGUGAAGUAUGUCCUAUUUCCUUUAUACGGCGUGGGAAAUGUCUCUAUUCUUUGUCUAAGCAAUACUCAAUGGACUUAUCAUUGAUUCUUCAUAGAAGUUCCGUUGACUUGGCCUAUUCAAGUUCUCUCGAACUGCUCUCCACAAUGCUAUGUGUCUUUUGUACGAUUGUUGAUUGAAUAUGAGGGGUUAUGAACCUCAUAGAAACUGGUAACUCUCCAAUUACUAGGAUGGAAAUUGAGUGCAACACAGUGCAGGGAGUUCUUCACUCAACCGUCGUUACUUCACCGAUCCAGAAGGAGAUUUUUGGCCUUCGAAUAGUUUCGAAUAGUUUCGAAUGGAACUCUUACUGAGGCGGUUUUGUAAAUUUUCAGAGGCAAUAUUUGUUUGAUCUCUUCAAUUUCAGUCAUCAUCGCCUUGUUGAUAUUUGUUCUUUUAGUCAAUGUUCUCUUACCUUGGCAAGUGCCCUCUUUGAGCCCAAUAUAUCUCACGCAUCCCAGUGCUGGAUUUGGUUAGUUUUGUUGAGUGUGAAAACGAAGUGGCCCACUGGUUGGUUAACGGUGGGUUUCCCUUAGGCAGGUCAGCUUGAAUUCUGUGAUUUGUACCCGCAUUUCAUGGAUCGUGCGUCACUGGUUGCGUUUUUGUGAUACAGAAGUAUUGCUUAUUCUGGAGCCAUUGGACUUUGCUCCUCAAUAGUAAAGUGACACAAGUCUUCGUACCAUGCUUCAUUUGAUUCUGCACCUUUCAAGUUCUUCUGUAAUGAUCAGCCUCCUAAGCAUGCACGGUCAGAAUCAAUGACAUGAUCUUCUACGCUGCCCACAAAGUUCUAGAAGGGUGGCCCUUUUUACUGAUGUUCGCAUGCAAGAAUGCCUCUGACGAGCUUUUCGGAGGACAUAACUGAGGACAGAUCUGGCAGUACUUCACUGAAUUGUUUCUUUUUCGCUUUACAUGUAACGGCGCUCCAGAUCAAAGUUACUCUCGUCGAAGCGAACCAUUCUGUUGAACUUAAAGUUCAGGAAAACGUCGUUCCUUUCAGAUGAAAGAUCCAGGACAAGAAUGCUGAUGGAGGUCUGGCCGAAGGAUGAUGAGAGCUCCAUUACUCUCCGUCUGGCCCCUCCAUUGCGCCUCGAGGCAGAUGGUUCGGGAACUCCUGUGGAAGUCUGGCUUAAAGAAGAUGCAAUUAGCGACGUAACGUUACGGUUGGACCCGUUUCAAUCAAUGGACUCGGAUAGGUUCCCUCCAGAAGACUCAGGGAAGGGACCACCAUGUAAAAACUCUAGAAAACAAGGCCCGAGGAAUGACUUCCAAGAGCAAGGUCAAUCAUCAAACAAAAAAUCUGACAGGGGAUCUUCGAUUGCAACUUUGCAUGUUCACUCUGCAUAUCUUCGCAGGUGCCAGUACUUCGAUGCGUGCCUAGUCGAGCGGUGGUCAAACACUGAUCUCCCUCUUGAGCUCACUCUCGAAGCUCGUUGCAACCCUCGUGCAUAUACGAGAUGUAUGCAGCUCUUGUAUGGGCCAGAGAUUUCUCCAUCCUCCUUCGCGAAUGUUGCCCAUGCAAUUGAAGUCCUCCCUGUAGCGGCGCAACUUGUGUUUCAGGAAUGUGUGGAUGCUUGCAUGCGUUACUUGGCUGUCAUGCCAUGGAAUGCAGCAAACUUGUUCGACAUACGAUCCGCUGUCGCGGCCUUUCAAAUCGCUCCAACCUCUGAUUUAGCUGCCCGGCUUGACACCUUCGGCACACUUGCCAUGGAAAGCUCGUUGGAUGCAUUGAAACGGGUUCUAUAGACUCUUUUGUUUAAGAGUAUGUGAAUGAAUCAGCCAGAAAUGAUCGAGACCAAAGUCUUCGAGAACAGAUCCGCAUUUGAAAGACUACGGAAAGGCUCAAUGCGAGGUCCAACGGUGUCAAAAUCUGUGGCAGGUGUGGUGAAAAAUGUAAUGUAUGAAGAACUUCGGAGAGCUGUUGAAGAUUUUCGGCAGCAUUGUAGGAUUCCUCACUUGUACAAAGAUGAAGAGUUUUCAGUAGCUGGGAAAGGGCUCUGUUGGCUCUUGAAUUGUCUCGUAGAUUUUGGAAUUGCCGAGGAGGCGACCCGAACGAUCUCCACAGACCGAUCAUUCUCACAGAUGUUGUUUGGAAUAUGGCCUCAUGUAAGCUCGGACUACACGUACCCCGGAAUUACUUUCAUCCAGGUUACAUGCAAUGUUCUUAUUCGCUAUUUGGAGAUUGUGGCGAAGGGAGAGAUAUGGCUUGAGAAUUCAGUUCGCCUUGCUUUGGUUAAGGCAUGGUUACCGGCGCUUGUCGGAAUUGACUUUUGUGUUUAUGAGGAUACUAAAAAGAACGUGGACAAGGCCCUGAAUGGGGUUCUGGAGACACUCCCUCCCCUUGAGCCGGAACCUUAUCUUUCAAAAUGGCCAACCCAAAGCUGGCCAAACUUGUCUGAAGCUUUCGAUGCUUGGUGCAGUACAAUGUGUUCAAAUCUUGCCUUCCUUGAAAGCAAUUGUCAGCUGCAACAUUACUGAGCAUGUGGUUUUUCAUCGUGGUAUUGAAAACUACAAAUUUCGUGCCCUUGUACAUUUGGCGAAAGAAAAAUAGAUACUGAUAAAAUUGAUCGCACAUUAACUCAAACAGCAGUCCGUGUUCUGUGGUUGGAUAGAUGGUGACCAAAGAUGACUCGAGAUUGUUUACAAUUCUGUCAGCUUACUCCAGCUUCUAUUUGCAGUUCAUUGCGAGCCUACGACGUAAGUAAGUGCUCGAAAGCACCUUCAAUUCCAACCAAAGUUGACCAUCUAUCGCCCAGGAUUAAUUGUGCUGCACUAUUUUUCUGAAUAUUGCAUCUUUUGAGGAGACUAAUCAGCAGCACUCUUGGCCGUGGCGAUUCUGUCAUCGUCUACACCUCUAGGUUGUUUUGCAUCUUGUAAAUUUGAGCAAGGUGACAUGGUGAUGGGCAAAUUAACUCCAGCAUCAGAUUGAGCCAUACCCUUGAACGGCAUGGCGUGAGUCUGUAUAUCCACACCUCGUAAGAUUUUACUGUACUCAGUAGAAUGUGCUCAAGAAGAUGGUGACAGAAACGACAUUAAUGAGCAAGUAACUUGUCAAUAUUGCAUUUUGAUUAAGUCUUUUGAUCACAUACUGGAUGUAAAUUUCUAUCCCACCCUCAAAGUUCUGGAACAUUUUCAUGAAGUGCGGCGCGUUUCAACCUUUUGAGACACCAGCAUUCUUGUGGUGUGAGGUUUUUGUUCCGUUGUGACUUCAAUCUGACACUUACCAUACAUAUUGUCCUAAUGCUACCAGUUGUCUUUGCACAAUUGUUCAGCUUUGCCUCAGCUACGGCGAACUUUAGUCACAAAAUGAAAGCUAAUUUUGGUAUUACCAGAUUUUUUUCGCCUGGCAAUUAGAACCUAGAAUACUGUUUUAAGGAGGGUGGAGGGGCUUGGUUCAUGUCGACUCGCUCUGGGUUGUUCACCAAAUUAUGAAGCGGAAAACUGCAUGGAUUCUGGUGAUAUUGAUGGUUCCUACUAGUGCUUGAAUUUCAUCAGAAAUGAAAAAUAGUCUGUGAUUGUGUGAAUAUUAUCCUUCGCUUUGAUCAGCUGGUACUUCGCAAUCGAUCUACCAAUUUUCUCAAUAGAGCUGAUCAUUUGGUCCACUUCUUCUACUGGGCAGAAUCAUUCCUUGCUCAUCAUUUGAAGAUGAUUCUCCUGUGAAAGUUUGUCGACUCACACUCUUAAAUCCUUAAGGUCAAGUAUUUUCCGCUUCACUAGGGAGAAUAAUAUUUAGCAAGCUAAUAGCGCAUUCAAGUUUUCUGCGCAAGUCAGAUCAGAGUUACCAAGGACGGAGUCCAGCAAAGAUCAAAUAUGAUGCGGGAGAUGUCAGACUUGCGCAGAAAACUCACUUUCACAAGUACCAAGGCCUUUUUAAAAUACAAGCAAACACUAGCUCUGAUCUUUCAAGUAUUUAACAGUAGAAUAUCAUUAACAUCAAACGUGCCCUCUAAAUUGCCUAUGUAAAUCAACAAAAUACGCUCUCAAUGCAUUCCCAGCAAAGGACCUCAGGUAAAUCCCUUGCAAUUGAAAUCUUCAAAUGUUGUCAUGUCCCUCUAUAAAACACUAUACAAGAAUCCCUCAUCAGACUUGGCGAAGUUCCAAGAAUUCAACGGACAAUAUCCUCAAUCAACCUUGUCGUAAACUCCCCAUUUGAUGUACGCGAGAUUGAGAUCAGCUCCGUAGGCAACAGA